UCACAAGAAGAAGAAGUGGAACAGAAUACUUUGCACCCAGUCUACAGUGGAGUUCUAGCAGGGACUAGGUCACCCAGCAGCAUUAUGAAUGGAGAGACUUUUUACUUUAGUUUAUUGAGACAAUUGUAUUUUUUUCCAAUGUUCUCAUAAGUUAGGGGACUGCGUGUUGGAAGUUAUAUGGUCCAGGGAAGUCCUGACAGGAGUUUUACACUUUUGCUGGUUCCGUUUGGACCUGACUUUUAAAGCGCUUGUCGUUCAUCCAUUCAUCUCUCUGUCCAUAUGGAAGGAGAGAAUUUAGCAAAGGAGAGGACUCGUCACCCUGUCAUCAAUGGAAUCAUAGAUCUCACAGCAGGAGCCGUAGGGGGUGCGGCCUGUGUGAUCAUCGGCCAACCAUGUGACACAGUAAAGGUGAAGUUGCAGACAUUUCCUGCUCUGUACAGGGGAGUGGCCGACUGCUUCUGUCGAACGUGGAAGCAGACAGGAGUACGAGGUUUAUAUCAAGGUACAGGGGCCGCCUUGCUCGCCAAUGCAGGGGAAAAUGCCAUCCUGUUUGCCUGCUAUGGAACUUGUCAGAAGAUUGUCAGCCACACACUGGGGUUGGACUCACAGCAGCAGCUGAGCCCUCUCCACAGUGCCUUGGCCGGCUCGCUGGCCGCGGUGGUCUCCUCAGUGGUGCUCUGCCCCACAGAGCUGGUCAAGUGUCGACUGCAGGCCCACACAGAGAUGAGGACACUGGGCAGGACGCCUCUGAAUGCUGGGAGUUCCUCCUGGUCAGUGGUGCGCUCCGUGCUGCGGUCUGAGGGUCCGCUGGGUCUGCUACAGGGUCUCACCUCAACAUGGCUCAGAGAGGUUCCCGGGUAUUUCUUUUUCUUUGGUGGAUAUGAGGUCUGUCGCUCGUUUCUUAUGCCACCAGGAGGAGACCAUCUUGAUGCCAUGUCCCUAUUGGUUAGUGGUGGAGUGGGCGGGGCUGCCUUCUGGUUGGCUGUCUACCCUAUUGACUCUGUGAAGACACGGAUUCAGGUCCAGACAAUGUCGGGCCCGCAGCCCGGCUUCACGGCUAUGUUCCUGCAAAUAGUGCGUGGCGAAGGCGUGGGGGCGUUGUACCGCGGCUUGACCCCCACAGUAUUCCGGGCCUUCCCCGCCAACGGAGCUCUGUUCCUGGCCUACGAGUGGACCAAAAGGGCCCUGGGGGAGGCAGCCUCCACCACCCGCAACAGCACAGAGUAACAUCUGCCAUUCUGCAGGCUGUGCAGAGAGCAGGCAUCACAAACAUUGCCUCGAUCGAUACAGCUCCACUCUAGAGUCAGAAAGCUCUCUUCUGUGGAUACCUGAGCACCAACAGCAAAUCAAGCCGAUUGAUGCAACAGCACAAUCAGUGUGCAACAGAGCUCCUGUGGAAUGAAGCACAUCAUGUUGAUACAGAAUAAUAGCAGGAAUACCUUCAGACAAUUCUAUCUGUAUUUUCUUCUUACAAAAACAUAUUGCAUGGCUGUAGUUUCAUGGAGUCUGACAUUACCCUUGAAGUGCAAAGUAAAAUAAAAUGAAGGCAGAAUUCUAAGUAAAUAAUUCCAAUUUUAGAUUCUUUCCUCUUUACUCUGGUUUCUGUUUGGUUACUGGCAUUGUUUUCUAUUAAAAUGCAAAUG